UUUAUUUUGAUCUUUCAGCUGUGUUUCAAUUUUCACGUGCUUUUAACAUUUUGAGGUGCAGUGAUAAGUACAAUAUUAAUGUUAUUUUGAAUUAAAUACGAAAUCAAAAUUAAAAUGCAUCGUCUUAUAACUGCCAGAAAUAUAUACCACACUUCUUUUCAUGGAAUAACAUCAGUUAACAAUUCUAUUGAAAGUUUUUAUCUCACCAAAAUACAAUGUUCGUACUGCCGAAGCAUUCUUUUAGGCCAGCUCAACCCAGAAAAAAAUAUUUCUGUGAGACAUCAAUCUACAAGGACGGCUAGUAUUCUAAAGUCGCUUAAAAAGAAAGCAAAACACAAAACCUAUAGGCAAUAUGGAGAACUCCUAGCAGUUGGUGAAAAAGAAAUGACUGAAACUAAGGUAGCAAUAAAUAAGUUACAUGCUGUUCAUCUUUCCAAGCUUGCAUCUAGUUCUAUAUCUCUUGGACAACUGUAUCAGUUGACCUCAAAAACUAUAAAGGAAUCAAAUAUUUCUGAAGUAGAUACAGAAUUGCUUAAAACUGUAAGAGAUAAAAUACUAAAAAAUAACAAACCAGCUGCCAAGGAAAUCAUAUUAGAGUAUGAUGACUGUGCCCUUCUUUACACAAGUAAUAAAAUUUCGGGCUUUGAAGAUACACUCAAAAACAAACAGUACAUAGAAAUGAUAAAGGAAAGCUACUAUAAUUUCAGAAGAGCCACUAUAUAUGAUCAAAGGCUUCAAGAUCUUAGAUAUGCAAUAAGUGAAGGUCUGUCACAAGAGUUUGACAUAGAAAUUCCAAAAGCAAAUGUUAAAGAAGAAUUAUAUAAACAUAAUAUACCAAAAAGCCCUCGUGCAGUUUUUAGAGAACUAUUUAUAGAUAACAAUCUUGACAGUUAUGAUCAAGAAUUAAUGGCUCAUAUAUCCACAAUACAGUCACAUGCUAUCACACAUCCAGCACUUGAUGAAAUGUUGGAUGACUCAGUAUUACAUAAUGAAAUAUCUGACAUAAAAGAAGAUCAUGAUGCUGAAGAGAAUAUAGAAUAUGUUCCUGAAAAAAAUCAAGUGAAAAGUUUGAAAAUAAAGAAAGCCAAAGAAACCAUGAAAGCAAAAAGGAAAGCAAUGCGUGAUAAACGUCAUGCUUUGCAAGAGCUUAAUAUGAAGCAUGACAUUAAAGAACUGGAGCAGCGUGGCAAACAGGAGUCACUGCACAAGUUGCUGACUGCACAUCUACAACUGCUGUGCUCACUUCACAUGGUGCAGGAGGCACGUCAAAUAUUGCAAUAUUAUAGACAGAAGAGUUUUCGAGGGCCUGACCAUCCUAAAGUCACAGAUGUCACCAUUUACAAUAUUUUGUUGCAUGGCUAUGCUUCCAUGGGUCAGUUGGAAAAUGUGAAAGAAUUGCUGUCUUUUAUGACUGAAGGUAAAGUGGAACCUAAUGAACAAAGCUUUGCUGCCAUAUUUGAAUGUGUAGAACGUAGUGAAUUGAGUGACAAAGUGUCGAUAUUGAAAUUCUACCGAAAAUUAAUGCAAGAAAAGGCUAUUACUUUGAAUGACAUAUUAGAUAGAUCAAAAUUUCUAUAUGACCAAAGGGAACAAGUACUCAAAGCUGUGCGCAGAGUAGAACCGGGCUUUGAACCACAAUAUACACCGCCUGUAUUGGAUUACGAUUGUCCUUUGCUAGAAAAAUUGAAAUUGGAAAAUGUAAAAGCAAGAAAAGGACUGUUCCAGUCCCCCGCAGAAGGUCUUCUGUCUGUAGAAGAGACUAUUCAGAACGGGAAAGAGCAAUUGCAAAUAGAAAUCAAAGGAGAUAUAGAGGUUCAGAAUAUUAUUGUUAAAGAAGAUGUGAUACCAGAGUCGGUUAAGUUCUGUAGGAAGAAAUUGCAAGAGACAGAGAAUGAGUGGCGUGACGUCAUAAAGGAGGCGUUCAUACGUAACAUUGGAACGUUGAAGUCUCAGAGUAACGCGUCACAUUCAGCGAUCACGCUUUAUCCUUACCUCAAAGUAUUAGAGGUUGACCAAUUCGUAGAUAUAAUAAUGGACGAAAUUAGUAAAUUGGUCGAUGGUAGCGAAACAUACAGUCCGACGCUUAAGUUGUUACAGAGGGAGAUUGGUACACAAGUGUAUCAUAGAUAUCAGAUUGAGCAAUACCGUCGAAAUGGGGUAUUGAAAAAAGUCGAAGAGAUUUAUGAAAAAUAUUGCCAGUGGUUUGUACAGCGAUCUGGCACUGAGGAGCGGCCAUAUAACGCACGUCAGGCAUGGUUACAUCUGUCUCACUUGCACCGCGAUGGAGCUAGUUUGGACACCGUAGAAGCUCCGUGGCCGAUGGAGAUGCGACAGAACAUUGGAAAGUUUUUGUAUAACAUAAUCAUCAACGACGUAAAGAUCGACGUUAACAUGUUCAAGUCUAAACCUAAACAGAAAAAGUUGCCAGCGGUGUACAAAGUGCACCGUCCGUGGGGGCGUUUGGUAAGAUUGGAACUGAAGCCCCACCCGACGUUAGCUCGCCUGUGGACAGGGGCGGCGCGGCCCCGCCUCCGUAUGCGCGCCCCCCUGUUGCCCACCCGAGCGCCCCCCGCGCCCUGGAUCACGCACCGGGCCGGCGCGUACCUGCUCACACCCACACCGCUCAUCAGAAUGCCGUUCAACGUGUCGAUGCAAUGGAAGCGAUUGGAAGAAUCGCCGCCCGCAGCUUUGUUCCCGGUAUUGGAUAGCUUGAACCAAUUGGGUGAAGUACCCUGGCGCAUCAACCAACCCGUACUCGAUAUACAACUCAAAGUGUUCAGGUCUGGUGGUAAUAAGAAAUUGGACAUAGCGCCGCCGGCAUCGGCGUUGGACACAUCUACUUUCGGUGCGGAAACGGAUGCAGCCGCCGUGUUCAAGCGACGGAUCGCUAUUAGUCGUGCCAGAGCUGAAAUGCACUCGUUGUGGUGCGAUGCACUAUACAAACUGUCACUCGCAAACCAUUACAGAGACUGUAUAUUCUGGUUGCCUCAUAAUAUGGAUUUCCGUGGUCGUGUCUACGCGUGUCCGCCACACGUGUCCGCAUUGGGUGCGGACAGCGCUAGGGCUCUGCUGAAAUUUGCAAAACCACAACCUCUUGGACCGCGGGGACUUCGCUGGUUGAAACUUCAUGCUAUUAACCUUACUGGUGAAUUCAAACGACACACUAUACAGGAGAGGCUUGACCAUGCUGAAAUGAUAAUGGAUAAGAUUUUGGAUUCAGCGGACCGUCCAUUAAACGGUCAGGGGUGGUGGAUGAAAUCAGAGGAACCAUGGCAGACUCUCGCCUGUUGUAUGGAGAUAGCUAACGCCGUGCGCUCGCCUAACCCUGAGGAGUACAUGUGCUCGUUCCCGGUGCACCAGGACGGUUCAUGUAAUGGUCUGCAACAUUACGCAGCGCUGGGCGGGGACCAAGCGGGCGCCGUCGCCGUCAACCUGGCCCCCGACGACAGACCCAACGACGUGUACAGCGCUGUCGCGGCACUGGUAGAAGAAAUGCGCAAACGAGACGCCGCCGCUGGAAUUCAACCAGCGAUCAUCCUAGAGAACUUCGUGCGUCGCAAAGUGAUAAAACAAACUGUCAUGACUACCGUUUACGGCGUCACCAAGUUCGGUGCAAGGUUACAAAUUGCCAAGCAACUGAAAGACAUCGACGAUUUUCCGAAGGAGCACGUGUGGGCUUGCUCACAGUAUCUCACGGUGAAGACGUUCGAUAGCCUUCGAGAGAUGUUCACCUCCACCAAGCUCAUACAAGACUGGUUCACUGAUUGCGCCAAACUGAUAUCUGGCGUGUGCGGCGAGAGCGUCGAGUGGGUGACGCCGCUAGGGCUGCGCGUGGUGCAGCCAUACUACCGUCGCGCGUCGCCCUCGCACGCCACAUGCCGCGCGCCCCUAGAUCAACACCAACGACCGUGCACAAUGAAGCAACGUAACGCGUUCCCGCCUAACUUCAUCCACUCGCUGGACUCGUCGCACAUGAUGUUGACAGGGCUGCACUGUCAAGCUGAAGGUCUCACCUUCGUCUCCGUACAUGACUGCUUCUGGACCCAUCCAAAUACCGUCGACAUUAUGAACCAGAUAUGCCGGGAAGAGUUUGUGGCGUUACAUUCGCAACCAAUUUUGGAUGAUUUAUCAAAAUUCUUGACGGAACGAUACAGUUACUCAACAAGUGAAAUGGAAGAUCAGUCGAUAGGUGCGGCGAAUAAGAAACGAGUCAACAAUAUGCUGCAAAAGGUGCCUGAAAAAGGAACUUUCGACCUGAACAGUGUUUUGGACUCAGUAUAUUUCUUCAGCUAAAACGCCGAUACUUUUUAGAACUAUGAACUGAUAGGACAAAUGUGUCAUGUACUGAUACUAAUAAGGUUGAGUAUUGCAUUAUUAGAUGCCUAGUCUUUUUGAUAGAUAUUAGUGUGUAGGGCAACAAACGUUAGAUAGGUUUACAAAUUGUAUUUUAAUGCCUUAUACACAUGUUUGCCUUGUGUAAAGAUUUUAUAUCUUAUCCUUUCCAUUGUGUUAUGAAUUAAAAUCAACUUUUUAUUAACCAGCUCUUGAUUCUGGAUGCAAAGACUAUAGAUGAAAGGAGAUUCCUUGUUUUUUGUUGUGUAAUAUGUAUGUAGUUGACUCUUGUAGAGUACAAACAAAUUAUUAUUUGUGAUAGAGAAAUCGCUUAAAUACACUGUAGGUAUUUUAUAGUAUUCGAUUUUGUCUUGUGUUUUGUUUGUUUUCUUAGCACAAAUAAUAUAGCAAAAUGUAAUAAUAUGGUUGUCAGCAGCACUUCCUCAGUGUCAUAGUAUUACAUCAAUUUUUUAAAUACAAUAUAUUCAGAGAAAAUUUGUAGUAACACGAAGAGGACAUGCUGUUGCAAAAUGGCACCUUUUUAUUAUUUAAGCAUUUGUAAUUGAUUUUAUCGAAAUCGACUGCCCUCAUCAAAUUCCUUUUGCUUUUGAAUUUAAGUCGCCUAAAAGUGAUAACUUUUUGGCCAUAUAAACGUCUUAGGGUCGGUGCAUAUCUCACGUGAGGUCUCAUUAUCUUCGCGGAACACCAGAACUGCCGAAUGAUAUAUGACUUUCGACCUUGCACAGUCCAUGGAAAUUCUUUUACAUAUUAACGCACACUUUCGUGAAACGAUUAACGGAUCUUUAAUAAUUGUAUUGACCCUUUGCCAACUAAUUAAACAUAAAAAAAUCAUCAAUUUGAAAUAAACGGUGUCCUUAUAAUUUUUAUUUCAUUGGUCAAGUAAACUUUAAAUAAAAAUAUUCAGGUAAUGUUAAAACAAAUUAUGCAUCAAUUUCAUAGUGUACUCUAAUAAAGGUUGUUGUUUCAGAAAAUCUUUUGGUAUAUCGGUAUAUUAGUAAUAACGCUAUAUGAAAAUGACAAACCAUGAUAUUUCUUUUAACAAAACUGCCAAGGGUAUUUUAUAAUACGAGUUGUGUUAUGUAGAUUCGUUAAUAAUGAAAGUGCAAUGCCACAAAAUCUGUGAUUGUUAGUUAUAUAAAUACAAACCAAAUCAUCAUAUGCUUUGUUUCAUUUACUUAAAUUAACAAAGAAACAAACUGCCAUUAUAUUUAUAAACACAUUUAUUUCUGGUACAAAAGUAAUAUUACACGAUUACGGACGACUACAUAAAUUUGACUAGUGACGUCACGAGUGCACGAUAGCACUGAUUUUGACAGAUCACAAUUUGCUUUAUAAAUGCAAUAAUAUUUAACAAUAACAAUAAUCUACGAUAGUUUAAAACUAUUUUAAAGGACAUGUUUUUUGUUUUCCUGUUUUUAUUAAACAUAUUUGAUUGAGUGAACAGUAACAAGGUCAUAAAGUAAUCUAUUUGGCGCAUGUGCAGUCUACCUAUUCGAUUAAUAUUAUGAUAAUUAACAAGACUUUGCUUGUUAAAGUUUAAAUGUUACGUUAUGGGCUUUAUUUAUGUGCUCAAGUAUCUACAUCAUUCCAUUUGAAUUUUACCUUAACCUACAUUUUAAUAAAAAUACAUAUUAAAAAUGCUUUAAAUUCGUAUUGUUUAGAAAAAAAUAUAUUUGUUCAAAUGUAAGCAGUGAUCGUGUUUUUGCUUGUACCUUACAUUAAUCCAUCACUGUUUGGAUUCAUGUUCAUGUUAAUUUUAUCAACAUACUACCGAAUAUGAAAUAUAUUCAUCAUAAAUUAUA